GCGAGUCGGGUGGACUAGCGUUCCCGGGAAUAUUUUAAAAUGGCGGCGGCAGCAGCAGCAAAAGUCCAAGAAGUUAGAGACAUCACAAGAAUUGAAAGAAUUGGUGCUCAUUCACACAUCAGAGGUCUGGGAUUAGAUGAUGCUUUGGAGGCAAGACAGGUUUCUCAAGGAAUGGUUGGUCAAAUAUCAGCCAGAAGAGCAGCUGGGAUUAUCCUAGAAAUGAUUAAGGAAGGAAAAAUUGCAGGAAGAGCAGUUCUCAUCGCUGGACAACCAGGCACUGGAAAGACGGCGCUGGCAAUGGGUAUGGCUCAGUCGUUGGGUCCAGACACACCAUUCACCAGUAUCGCUGGUAGUGAGAUCUUUUCUUUGGAGAUGAGUAAAACUGAAGCCCUCACUCAAGCUUUUAGACGUUCAAUUGGUGUUAGAAUCAAGGAAGAAACAGAAAUAAUCGAAGGUGAAGUUGUUGAGAUACAAAUUGACAGACCAGCCACUGGAACGGGUUCAAAACUGGGCAAACUAACUUUAAAAACAACAGAAAUGGAGACUAUUUAUGAUCUGGGAACAAAAAUGAUUGAGUCGAUUACGAAGGAGAAAGUACAAGCUGGAGACGUCAUCACAAUUGAUAAAGCAACAGGAAAGAUUUCAAAACUAGGAAGAUCUUUCACAAGAGCGCGAGAUUACGAUGCCAUGGGAGCUGAGACAAAGUUUAUUCAGUGUCCUGAAGGUGAACUACAAAAGAGAAAAGAGGUUGUCCACACCGUGACACUUCAUGAGAUUGAUGUCAUCAAUAGUAGGACCCAGGGAUUUCUAGCGCUCUUUUCAGGUGACACUGGUGAGAUAAAAGGUGAAGUUCGAGAACAAAUCAAUGCGAAGGUCGCUGAAUGGAGAGAAGAAGGAAAAGCUGAGAUAGUUCCUGGGGUUUUAUUCGUUGACGAAGUGCAUAUGUUGGAUAUAGAAUGUUUUUCAUUUCUAAACCGUGCUUUGGAAAGUGAUAUGUCUCCUAUUCUUAUAAUGGCCACUAACAGAGGAAUAACAAAAAUCCGAGGUACAAACUACACCAGUCCUCACGGCAUUCCACUUGAUCUUCUUGAUCGUCUACUUAUUAUAACAACCACACCUUAUGAAGCGAACGAAUUGAAACAGAUCUUAGCCAUAAGAUGUGAAGAAGAGGAUGUUGAGAUUGGAGAAGAAGCCAUGGGAGUCUUAACUAAGAUUGGACAGGAAACAUCUUUGAGAUAUGCUAUACAACUAAUUACCGCUGCUAGUUUGGUCUGUAGAAAAAGAAAGGGUACAGAAGUGGAGAUUGACGAUAUUAAACGUGUGUAUUCGUUAUUCCUUGAUGAAUGUCGUUCAUCCCAGUUUCUUAAAGAAUAUCAACAAGAAUUCAUGUUCAGCGAAGAAACAACGACAUCGCAAGAACCAACUCCAGUUGAUUCGAUGGAAACUGAGACUGCUUCUUAGAUAUGAACCUAACUUUGUUUCUCAAUAUAAUAACUUUACAUAACAUUGCGCAUUUUUAUCAUAGCUUUCAUUUCAUCCCUGUUGUCUCGACUAAAGUCAUGGUGCAAAUGGUGGAUAUGUAUAUCCUAGGCUAGUGG